CAUGAAUAUAAUUGUGAUACCUUAAACCAUAUUUUCUUUACAUUUAAACUGUGUUUAAUUAUUAUUGUUAAAUUAAGCAAGAAAUUCACAAAUGCCUUCCGAAUUGCCCACAAAAUCUAGAAAGGUGCGAUUCGAUAAUGGAGCGCAUACCACGUCAGAGUGUAAUCACAAGAUUGGCGGAAAAUACAUACACCAUAAGCCUUCGCGGGCGUCGGAAGGCAAAGAAGUUACGAAAGUAGUGAACGGAACCGGGCUACGCGAAUUGAUCGUACCUUGCCCAGAUCCCCUGGAACCCCCCGUAAUCUGGCCCAUUUCCGAAUUCAAUAGAUUAAAGGCUCAAUCACGUGUGUGGACCAAGGAAGACAAACUGCAACUAAUCGAAGAGGCUCAGAGAAAAAAUGAAGCGAGAAGAAUCGAAAGCGAGAAGCGGGUGGAACAGUUGAGGAAGGCGCAAUUGGAACAGCGCGCGAAACCUGGCUCCAAAUUGUUUACGAACGAAGCGGAUGCCGCAGAUAAAAACUUGUACGUGCUUCAGCGCGCUUUUGAACUACGCCAAGAGCAGGAGGACGAAGUUAAGAACGCGAACGGAAUCAUUUUGGCGGCCAAAUGUUUGGCAAUUCGAAAAGCACAAAUUGUCGAGAAGGAGUUACUGCAUAAAGAACUCACUGAAGAAGAGCGCCGAUUGGACGGCAUGAUGGAACAAGAACGACAAAAAGCUUUAAAAGCCGAGGAAGAACGAAAGGCACUGAGGCACGUCAUUAACAAAAGGCACGUCGACGGUCUCUCGCAGCAGAUUCGUGGGAACGAGGUUCAGAGAAUGAUUGAAGUAGAAAACAAGGAGGAAGAGAGUCGCAAAAUUAACAAGGCAAUGAUCGCAAUGCAACGCGAAGACGCCGAGAACUUGCGAAGAAAGAAAUUAGAACAGGCCAAGGUGAGGGAAGAACUUCGUUUGGCCAACGAGAAUAUCGCUCAGUUCCGAAUUUUACAAAAAGAAGAAGAACGCAUAGCCACCUUACGAGUGCAGGAGUUCAUGCGUAAAAAAGCGGAGCGCGAAGCGGCGCGUGACGCCGAGUUAGCCGAAAUUCAAGCGGAGAAGAAUCGCGAAUUGUCACGAUUGCAAGCGGCACAGCAAAAGGCGAUGGACGAGCAGUCCGCCAAAGAUGAACUGAACGCGCUGCGCACGCAGGAGGAAGUCGAACGCGAAUGGAGGGAAAAAGAAAGAAAAGCUGCCGCCAAGCGGAAAGAGCAAUUGGAGAAUUUGAGGAUCGGCAGGGAGCGCCAGGUCGAAGAUAUUCGCAGAACUCAAGCUUUAGAAAUCCAAAAAGAUCGAGAGGAGUUCUCAAAAAUCGUUAGGGUGCAAAAGGAAUUGUACGAAAAGGAUUUGGAGAAACGGCGACGCAUUAAAGAGGCCGCGAUGCACCAUCGCAAGGAUUUGCUUAAGCAGGUGAACGAAAAGGAGUGCGAACGAAUUGAACAGCUGAAGGAGAAGUUUAAGGAGGGCAAGGCUUUGCUGCUCGAAAAGGAAGUGCGCGAGUUAAAUAUACGCGGUGUAAUUGAAAAGAAAAUUAAGCGGAUGAGAGACAAUAACGUUCCAGAAGGAGUUGUUAGAGACAUUGAGCGCCAGCUCAAAUUAGGAUAA